AUGCCCCCCACCACCCCUUCUCCUUCCUCCUCUACAUACCACUAUGCUUUUCCCCCUAAAUCUUCUCCGUGCAUAUUACCCACAUUUCUUUUUGUUCUUCUUCUUCUUUUCAACUUGAUCAUUCUUUUUCUUCUUCUUCUUCUUUUGCCAACCUAA